AUUCCCGGAAAGCCUCGAUCUCAGUUUCGUUUCUGGUGUCCCGAGCAGCAGAAGCUGGGGCGAUGGCGGCCAUGGCCCGGUCGUUCUCGGAGCCGAACCUGGAGGGGCUGGAGGAGGAACUGACCUGCUCCAUCUGCCUCUGCCUCUUCAGCAGCCCUGUCACCAUCCCCUGCGGGCACAACUUCUGCACCUCCUGCCUGGACCUCACCUGGGCCGGGCUGUCGGGAUCCUUCAGCUGCCCGCAGUGCCGGACCACCUUCAAGAGCCGCCCGCAGCUGCAGAAGAACACAGUGCUGUGCAAGGUGGUGGAGCAGCUCCAGAGCCGCUCCGAGGCCGGCAAACAGGAGGAGGAAGAGGAGGAGGUGGAAGAAGCAGCAGGGCGAGGAGUGGAGGAAACCCCCAUCUUUUGCGACAGCUGCCUGCAGGCUCCGGCCGUGCAGACCUGCCUGACCUGCACCGCCUCCUUCUGCGCCGAGCACCUGCGGCCGCACCAGGAGAGCCCUGCCUUCCGCGCCCACCAGCUGUGCCCGCCGCUGCGCGACCUGCAGCGCCGCAAGUGCCAGAAGCACGACAAGCUCUUCGAGUUCUUCUGCAGCCAGCACGGCAGCUGCAUCUGCUCCCUCUGCCUGCUCGACCACAAGCUGUGCAACACCAACGCCCUGGAGGUGGCCAAAGUCAACGCCGAGUUGGUGCUGAAGAAGAAACUGGUGGAGCUGCAUAACCAGAGUGAAAGAACCUCUCAGAUGAUGACCAAGGUGAAAACAAACCAAAGCCAAGCUGCUGAGGCAGCUUCCAGAAAGAGAGACAUGAUCAGAAAUGAGUUUUCAGAAAUUAAAGCCUUAAUUGAAGAAAAAGAGAAUAACACCUUGAAAGUCAUUGCAGAUGAAGAAAAAAGAGUUUGCAAUAAGUUUGAUUACAUUUGUGGUAUUCUGGGAAAUAAGAAGAAGGAAAUUCAGUCUCUCACAGAUCAGAUUGAGAUGGCUCUGACUGAAGAUGAUGACGUUCUCUUUUUGAAGAGAGCAACGGCACUGCAACGAGCAUCCGCUAAAGAUGCUUACGUUCCUACAAUUGAAAUGGACCAAAACUUGAUGCAUUCCACUUACCAGGCUGCCAUUAGCCUUAAAGACGCCGUGAAACACUCAGUGCCUCAGUCAAAGCCACCCCCUGCCAGAACUAAACCUGCUCCAGCAGCUGCUCCGAACAAAGCUGCUGCAAAAAAGCCACAGAAAGGCCUUCAUCAGACUCAAGGCACCUCGCAGGUGGAGGCAGAUACCAAGGAGAAGAAGAAAACUCAUAAAGUUGCACCAAGCACAGCAACUCCCACUUCUGCAGCUGCUGUUGCAGCUAAAGAGCUUAUGGAGAGCUUUAUGAAGAAACCCAGAGAGGAGCUUUUGCAGUAUGCGGCUAACAUCACGCUGGACUUCAACACAGCUCACUACAAGGUGGUCCUGUCUGACAAGUACACCAAGAUGGCUGUCUCAGACACCUCCAUGAAUUACAGCUACCACCCUCAGCGCUUCACUGAUUGUGCCCAGGUGCUGGGCUUCCAGUGCUUCAAGAGAGGCAUCCACUACUGGGAGGUGGAAAUGCAGCAGAACAACUUCUGCGGCAUCGGCGUCUGCUACGGCAGCAUGGAUCGGCAGGGCCCCGAGAGCCGCCUGGGCAGGAACAGCAGCUCCUGGUGCAUUGAGUGGUUCAACUCCAAAAUAUCUUCCUGGCACAAUGACGUCGAGAAGUGCCUACCCAACGUGAAGGCUACCAAGAUCGGUGUGCUGCUGCACUGCGACGGAGGCUUUGUGCUCUUCCUGGCUGUUGGGGAGAAGCACAAUGUGAUCUAUAAGUUCAAAGCCCACUUCACCGAAGCCUUGUACCCUGCCUUCUGGUUGUUUUCCAGUGGCACCGUUCUCUCUCUCAGUGAAAUGAGACCCUAGGGUCUCAGAUCUUAACGUAGUCUGCAGAUAAUCAGUCCUACAGCAACUCUCUGUAAGCCUUAGUCUGAGGAGUCUCAUAGAUUCUAUGUUUCUGACAAAACUGAGCAGCUUUGUCAAGCAGUUUAGGAAAUCUGCUGGUACUCUGGUCUGAAUUCCUAAAGCCUUUAGAUAAUGACUUAGUAGAAAUGGUCACCAUUGAGCGUAGAAGCUACAAUGAAAGGUUUUUUAAACACCUUAACUGUCCUUCUAAAAGCCAAGUGAUGGUGCACACCAUUGUCAGAUGUCUUUAGUAGCCACUGUGGCUUCUGUGGUUUGCUGUAAAGGUUCCACAGAAUCAAUUUCCAGCUCUAAUGUGUUUUGCAGGUAGCAAUAAGCCCCUUGAGAAAGAAACAGGAAGGAUUCCUUGACAAAUUCAGGUUCCAAGCUUUGAGGUAUGUCUCAGUGUUGCCUUUUUCUCUAUAGACAGACUGCUGUCCAUCCAUCAGGGUUUGCUACACACAACUUCUGGGUGUGUGGCUUCGUGAGAUGGUGCAGAAUGAACUAAGUUCAGGUCUUCGAACCUGAAGUCCUAAAAGGUAACAUGACAGAUCUCCUCAGAAUGGAAAUGCAGAGAGCUGAUGGAUAAGAAAUGGUGUCAGAAUCACCAGGAAAUAAAUUCCAUCAACUCAGCAACUGGGAAUACACCAGCAAGUCUUCAGGGAGGCUUCCUGCAGGGCAGGGCUGUGUAUCCUGUGAUAACAGAGCUUGUGCGAAGAAGCCAUUUGUCUCUUCUUUUGCUCCAGAACAGGCUUCACAGCUUCACACUGAAGGCUCUCCAGAGGGCUUCUUUUAGUGUGCUGAGGAGUUCAGGAGCUGCACAUUUAGCUUGCACAGGAAGCAUAAAGGUGCUGUUCACUUAAAGCAGGGCCUCCUGUCAACCUCUCUGUGAGGCAGAAGGUUCUCUGCUGGUGUCUCUUCAGUUGUGCACAUGUGAGAAACUGGAAUUCCUCUGUGCUGUAGGGACUGUGGCUCGAGGAGUCUCUAAACACUCCGCACAGGACCUAGGAAAUGCUGUUUCCUCUUUGCGUGAAGCUUGUGGGUAGCCAGGUGAGGCUUCUGAAGCAUGAAGGGAGUCAGCACAAAGGAGAAUAGUUGGGGGAUGGGUUUUAAAUUCUCCUGGUGUGCUCUGCUUGUGCUGUGUCUUCAGAAGUCUUGGCCGUGUGCAAAGGAAUCUGAACCUCUGCGUUUGUUACUUACAACUUCAAAACAGUCAUAGGCAGUCAGGGUGCUUGGGGCUCAUCGUUAUUGGGGCUGUGCCUUGCUGAUGCCUCUGGACUUGCUAGAAAUAAGACUUAGUUCUUUUUUUAGCUCUCAUUUCUUGCAGUAGCCCACAAAGGGAAGCUCAAAUGAGAGUUCUCCUGGACUUUGAUUUGUAGAACUUCCCCUCAAGGGAUGUGGUGAAAUGAGCCACAAAGCUACUGCUGGCAGUUUGGAACGGAGUUGUUAGAAGGUUCAGAAGAACCUCUCUGACUACCUUUCACAUUAGCCAAAGUGCUUUAGAGGCAAACUUGCAGGAAUUCAGGCUCAGUGCCUCUGUUAUCACUUGGUUUGUAAACUCCUGGUACUUUGUCAAGGAUAGCAUCAGUCUGACAAGACACUUCCUUUUCUUGGGGCAGAACAGGACAGGAAAUUGAUGAUGGACCUCAAAGUGCCAUGGCUGUGUCUGGAGCAGUUGUACCAUCUCAAGGGUCUCAGCUUUCCAGAGGACAGUCCAGCACUGAACUAGCAAACUAGGCAGAACACUUCCAGCGGUGCAGGGGAAAGCUGUGUCCUGCCAGAAGCCAGCCUUUUUUUUCCCUGCACUUGGCAGUUUUACAGCAGUGAGGGCCAAGAGCAAUUUCCUUUGAGACAUUCCAUCCCUGCCUGGCUGUGCCACAGGGCUGCAGAGCCUCUCAGAAGGGUGCUGAAGGAGUGCUCUGUCCCCCUGCUGAUGGAGAAAAAGGUGCUCCAGUGGUUCGUGCAGUGGUUCUGCUGCUUGCUUCUUGCCUUUGCAGGGGUGUUAGUAUGAACCUCCAAGUCUAUGGGCUGCUUUGGCCAUAGUCUGGAGUGACACUCAAACAAAGCAGAGCAGAGCAGCUCUUACUCCAUGUUGCACCAGGCUGGAUUCUUUAAACGUGCCUUUGGUGUGUGACCAGCAAAUGAGGUGUUCUGGAUUACCACAGGCAGUGAAAGAAGCCUGCUGCUGUAGUCCUGGUGCCUUGGUUUGAUUGCUUUCCUUUGUGCCACGAAUGACUAGGGAGGACAGAAGGAGUUUCUGUUGGUUCAGAAAGAAAUAAGAACUGCAGAACCGCAUUGCUGAAACUGUUCUUCCAGUUAGCUUUAGGUAUCUUGGAUAGAGCAAAUAAUUGGGGUGGUAGAAAAAAUAGCAUUUAUAGCAAGAUAAAUAACGGUUCAAAAGCCUCUUCAACACAAACUGGAGUGAUUUUUUACUCAGCCAUUAGCUAUCAAAGUUGUAGUGCUUGUAACCAAUGUGUAGAUGAAAGCAUCUGUUUCAGUUAUACUUCUCUUCUCAUGCUAUAGAAGAACCCAACUUAGCCAGCCUAGAAAAAAAGAACUCAUUCUGGUGUUAAUAAAGCCACAAGGAUGUGGCUUUAUUUUAUGAUUUGCAUGAAAUUCUUUGCGUGCUAAUGUACAAGUAGCAGAAACUCUUGCUCUCUGAAAAUAUCACUGCCUUGUUUGAAUCCUUUUUUCAAUCCAAACCAUCAUUAAAAUACUGCAGUUAGGGGGAAAAAAAAGAAGUGUUUAUGUGAUCCUGAGCCUGCUGCUUGUAUUCACUCAUCAGACAUGUACCAGCUAGGCAGCCUUGGCAGAGCAGCAGCCGUGCAUGUGAUGCCAUUUGGUUUAUGGCUGUGCCUGUCACUGGCUUAGGAGUUACCUCUUGCUGAUUUGCCUUGGCUGUAGCUGAUCGCGGGAGCCUGAAUCCAAUAAACACUGAUGGCAACCCCCAA